UACUUUGGGAAGUAUUCCGGUUUCUUACUAGGAAAAAGCUGGAAGCCUAGACCUCAGGCGUUCGGGAACUAAGAACUGUUUUCCUAAUUAUAAUACUGCAUAGGAUGGGUGCACCAAUAACCCCAGAGUUUGUUCGCCAGCUUGCAUCUUCACUUAGCGUCAGCAACCCGGCGGAAUGGUCUCUGGCAUAUGCUCUAGCUGGUGUACCGCUGCCGAGCGGAUGGACACCUAUAGUUCAUGCUGACGGGACGGUCGCCUUUCUUGCAUCUGGGUCACGCUCACCGCAGCAGGAGCACCCUUUGCUUGACACUGCACUUCGCGCACUGGAACAGCUGCGUGCAAGCCAGGACACCAGCGCUGGCACCGCCACGCUGUUAGGCCCCUUUGAGGAUUUGGACGCCCCUGCUCCCGAGCUAUUUUUCCUGGACGUACAGACCGAUGAGCGAAUUCCAGAGUCGGAUUGCUCCAGGGACGCUAUCAUCCCAGAACUCCCUCAGGACGUUCUCCAGCUCCUGCUAGAGGGCGCUAACGAAUAUGUGGAGGGUCCGCAAGGCCAGGAGCAGCAAGCGGAAGAGGCAGGUGCCGGGGCCUUAGGAGCUGCUGCUGCUGAGGAGGAGGAUGGGAUUGAUGCAACCACGGAACCCGACGCAGCGACGGUUGGCGAGGCGGCGGCCACCAGCGAUGGAGCCCAAGGAGAGAGGCCCAAGGACGCGGCGUCUGUCAAUCCUGACACAGAUGCUGACGACUACGCUGAUGAUGAUUUCGAUGACGCGUCACAGCGCGCAACCGGGUCCGACCAGGAAUCCCGACCGGGGUCUCAGAGAAGCAACUCCGCAGCAAGUCUGUGCGGAAGUACCCCUGCAAAGUCGCCGCUCAUACCGGCGGCCGGCAAUGGCAGCAGGCCCAGUAGCCGUGCUGACGGCGGCGGCGCCGCCGCCGCCGCCGCUGCUGGCGGCAGCCGUGCUAGCAGCGUCAUUGGCGACGGCGGCGGCGGCGGUGGCGUGCUGGGCAGCGCCAGCAGCGUGGUGGCGGAGGCCUCGGCGGCCGGAGCGUCGACGUCGGACUGUUUGCCGUACUCGGCGGCGGUGUCGCCGCUGCAGCCGUCGUCCAAGCCGCCGCUGACGUCUUCCGACUCAGCCUCCGCGGCAGCUCAAGAGGAGGACGAAGCGUACGCCGCCAGCAGGGGCAGCGGCGGUGCUGGCGGCGGUGAUGGCGGUAGCGGUGGCGGCGGCAGCGGCAGCCGGGUGCAGUCGGAUGUUGGUGAGGUGGUGGGGAGCUUUGCGGGGGAUGUGGAUCGUGCUCCCAGUUGUGUCAGCGGUCGAAGCAGCAGCAGCAGCGCGGGUGGCCGGAGCAGCAGCGGUAGUGCGGCGGGUCGAAGCGGGAGGAGGGGGCCGCCGCCGGUGCCGCCGCCGUCGGGACGCCUGUCGUUUUUCGGGUGGUGGUUCGAAGACAUCGAAUCCUCCGACCUCACCUUCCGAAUCGACUCCACGCCCCAGGCCGGCGGCGGCCUGGCGCCCCGCCACUGCACCCUGUCCUACGACUUCGCCUCCGCCACCUUCAGCUUUGUCGUACGCGACCCCGUCACGCCGCCGGCACCCGGCCAACCGCACGAGCGGGUUCCGGAGCUCCGCAUUCCGGGUCUGUCGGGUGACCAGGUGGUUAUAACCGACACCAACCGCCCUGCUGACGUGUGGGAUCUGCAUCUGGGGGCGCGGCUGCGGGUGCUUGGGAAGCCGCUGGUGUUGAAGAACUCGGAUCUGGCGACCGCGCAGUGGCAUGCGGGCUACUUCAGGCAGCUCAAGGCGCUGCGGGACCAGCUGGCGCAGGAGGUCCAGAAGUACAAGCCACGAGUGCUGCGGCCGGGGUUGGUGACGGACAAGGGCGCUGUGCGGCAGCAGGCGGGGCAGCAGCUGCGGCACGUGGCGGGGCAGGUGGCGGAGCUGAUCGAGGAUCUGCGGCAGUACCGGCCCGCGAAGGCCGAAAGCUUCAUGGCGGCGCUGCCCAUCGUGCUGUGAGGCCCUGCAGCGGACUCCGUUUGGUGGCAACGGCAAACUGGGGUGGUGGUACUGAGGAAGGCAGAAGCUGACCCAUGGGUCGCGGUUCGCGUGCGAGACGUGCGGGUCGGCAUGCAUACACUGUACGGUGGUUAGGUCGUACGUGCAUUACCUUACUUGUUAUACACCUUUGCAGUGUGAAGGCGCAUAAGGCGAUAUAAGCUAAUAUCGGCAUUAGGGUCUGCUGGCCUAAUGAACAGCCCGGUGGGUGACAGUGGGUAGCUGUGGGUGGGGUGUACACGGUAUACACGCUUACAUGGUUAAACUGCUGAGUAGCGAUGCCCCUAUGGGUCACUGCCCGCGGGUCGGGGGUGCAAGAAAGGGCCAGAGCAUUGCAUUAGGACUGCCGGAUAACAUUGCAUGGUCCAGGAACGUGUACAUACAUGCUAUCGUGUAACCUUGGUUUGUCUGCGGCUUUACAUGAGCACGCCGCCAUGCAAAUUGACUCCUCUUGCUUGCAUGUCUUCGGUAACCAAGAAGCAACAAUGGUAGCCCUUGCGGCGUACGUCGGCGGCAUGGGAUCUACAGCUAGAGGCAAGCAUCAAUUGUAACGCCUACAGUAACC